AGGCGCUGACAAUUUGAAGUUUUCGUCGGCAAGGAUGCAAGGGAAGGAUCAACGCGACCGAACACGCGUUACUACACUCGCGACUGGCAAGCUAUAGCGAAACGCGGUGCCAUGAAUCACGUGUAGCGUGUCGCACUGACGCGCACCACCCAAUCGAAGCGUCUUCCGACUCUUCGUUACUCGCCAGCUCAGCCACGGCCCACAACGACUCCCUACGCCGCCUACCAGGCGUCGCCGGCCUCAUCCCCGUUGACAAUGUCCCUCCCACCGUUCAGCCCACCCUCUCGCUCGCGCACGCCCAUUCCCCGGCCUCCCUCCUUGCCUCUGCGUGCCACCACCCCGGGCUCCCCCAACACGCCCACCCCCGCAAACAUGCGCCGCAUCUCCAGCACGAGCCCGCUUGUGCAUGGCGGCGCGCUGCCGAUGUCUCCGCCGCCCGAUGCGAGUAACCGGCAGAGGGUAUCCCCGCCCGCGGGGGGCGAGCGGCCGAAGACGCGUGCGAGGGAUCUAUUGAGGAUGCAUUACGGCUUGGGUGUGGGUCCGCCGCCGCCGAUGGGCGGAGCAGGGAGGGCGGCGGACCCGAUGGACCUCGAUUCGUCGGCGUUUGACGCGAAGGCGUACUACGAACAGCUGAUCACGACGAGCUCGCUGCCCACGCUGCUCAAGCGCGAGAACGACCUCCUCUCUGAGAUCCGCCAGCUCGACAGCGAGCGCCAGAGCCUCGUGUACAACCACCACCACGAGCUCAUCGCCGCGAGUGACACUAUCGCCGCAAUGAAAUCGCGUGCGGACCACUUGGAUGCGGACCUCGACCUACUAAGGGCGGCGUUCUCGGAGAUAUCGCGUUUGUCGACGGAGAUCACUGGGCGCGACUCGUAGUAGGCUCUCCCGGCCAGGUCAUUAGAUAAGGCCACUAGACAUGAACAGUGCUGGCAGGGAGUAAACAAGCUUUGGCUCCCUGCUGGUAUCGGCGCGUCGGGAGACGUCAUGCGCACAGUGCUACAAAGGUGUCCUGCGCGCAGGAAAGGCUAUGAAGCGGCUUGAAGCUGGAGGCCAAGUACUCUAGGCUGUUAGAACUUAGAACGCCGAUCGCGCUGGGCCCUUGAGCAUCUUAGUGAGAUGCGUUCACUUUCGUAGUCCAGCAAGGGCGAAUGAGGGCCCCCUUCCAAGCUGUACCUCUGUAAUUACGUAGGUACAUACUAGCCAGUGCUGCAUGACUGAACGUCGUAUGUUAAACUGGGUCUCUGUACUGAGUCCCGACUUCGUCUAUGAUCAUCGUUCAGGACAAUGGGGCGAG